ACCUUACCAAAGGAAAAGGACUUUUAUUGCAGAAAUCCAUUCAAGCCUUUGCUGCUGUUCGAGAAACGACUACAAGCACUGUAGGCACUCACAGCUGUCUUUGCCACUUUUAUAUAUUUUGCCCGAAGAUGUCUCACACAAUCCUAUUGGUUCAGCCCACAAAAAGGCCAGAAGGAAGAACCUAUGCAGAUUAUGAGUCUGUCAAUGAAUGCAUGGAGGGGGUGUGUAAGAUGUAUGAAGAACAUCUGAAAAGAAUGAAUCCCAACAGUCCCUCAAUCACCUAUGAUAUCAGUCAGCUGUUUGAUUUUAUUGACGAUCUGGCUGACCUCAGUUGUCUGGUGUACCGUGCAGACACACAGACAUACCAGCCCUACAACAAAGACUGGAUCAAAGAGAAAAUCUAUGUCUUGCUAAGACGCCAGGCCCAACAGGCGGGGAAAUAGAGGAUGAAGGGACGUUUCGCAUGGGCUCCACCAAUUUUUCUGUUGUUUGUUAACUUGAGAACUACACUGCAUCAUUGGCCAAUGUUAACUAAUAACAGAUGGGUUUCCCAAAAGUAUCGCAAGUCUAAGAUCUUUUUAUCUGUUACUAAGUGUUGAAGUUGAAACUUGCUACCACCUCUUGCAUGGAUCUUUCCUACGAUGCUGUUGGGAAACUGGGUCCUCAGUGUUCUUAUUGAUAUGACGUUGAUAAUGUCUGUGUACUCAGUCAGCCAAGAAAGAUUUAACAUCAAAGUACCUUUAUGAGGCCCUUGAUUAUUAGAGGUUUGUGAUGGGACGUACUGGACAGGAGGGUAAAAUUAGAAGGAUUUGUUUUAAUAUAUUUUGUAUCCUUAUUCCCCCUUUUUUAAACGUCAGUUUUUCUAGAGAUGUUAUACACCCUCCUUUUCCGUGACUCUUCAUUAGUUUACACUGAAUUCUGCUCAUCUGUUCUAAAGCUGCCAGUACACUAGCUUAAUAAACUUUCAUUUACAAAUUUUGAGCGUUUUUUUUUGGUCCGCUCAGGAAAUUGCUGCAUUUGGUACACAAUAUUUCUCCCAGGUUGUGGUGGCAAUAGAACGCAACACACUGAGCCACUAAGAACUGAAUGACCGCAAAGCAUUUCAUGUCUGACCUCCUUCCUUGGCUACCUUUUGUCUCCAUCAGAACAGCCUCAAGUGGGACAUUGUGUAAAUUUUUUCUGAAAUGUUUGCUUUGUGUUAAAUGAAAACCUAUGUUUCAAA